GGAGAUAACAAUGGUAUCCAGCUCAGAGAAUCGGCAAUUAUAAUUUUCCAAUGUCCUCAAUGCCGCUUGAUAAUCAAGUGUCCAAUACGACCAUAAUUCUUACAUUGUCUCUCAGUGUAAGGUGGAGGUUUCAUACACCGAAGUAGUGUACACCAGCUCUCAUCGUUGAUACCAUAGCAAGAUCUGGAAGAACCUCCUCCAGUCAUGGCGACAACGCAGAACGAAACCCAAGAAAAUGGGAUGAAUGGAAAUCCACUGCCGGCAUCUAAGCUGCAACAAGAACCUUUGAAGAACUCUGGAUCGAUCGACCAUCUUAAAUAUGUUGAUGUGACACCAAUUAUCGGGCGCGAGUAUCCAACGGCUAAGAUCAAGGAUAUCCUCGCUGCUCCUAACUCCGAUCAGCAGCUACGAGACCUCGCCAUCACGAUUUGUGAGCGAGGAGUUGUGUUCUUCAGAGCACCACAGGAUGACCUCACCGUCGAAGAACAGAAACAUGUCACGUAUAUGCUGGGCAAGCUGACAGGGCGCCCGGAAGGCCACGGUCUACAUGUGCACCCAUUAGAUAACGAUCCAAAUAACUUGGCAAUGGCGGAUGGGACGAGAGACCCGAAUAUAUACGUGAUAAACUCAGAAGCAAUGAAGAAGUUAUACAAGACAGCGAAACGUCCCCCAUUGGACCAACCUCGAGAUCUUUCGCGCGAAUGGCACAGCGAUAGUUGUUACGAGAAUUGCCCAUCGGACUUCUCUUUCCUGCGCAUGCAGGACACACCGCCAUCAGGAGGCGAUACUCUCUGGUGCUCAGGCUAUGAGCUCUAUGAUCGAAUGUCACCCUCCUUUCGGGGUUACCUCGAGACAUUAACGGCAACAUGUUCACAGUACGAAUUGUACAAAUCGGCCUGCGAGGUAGGCGGGUACGAAGUGAUUUCGCCGCGCGGCUCGCCGCUUAACAAGGACUUCGAGUUCUCGCCCUCGCACCCCGUCGUGCGCACGCACCCGGUCACGGGAUGGAAGAGCGUCUUUGCUGGAGCUGGCCUGCACGUCACACGCAUCAACGGCGUCACUUCGUAUGAAGACACGAUGAUCCGCGACUAUGUCAUGCGCCUGAUCACGCGCAACCACGACGGCGUGGCGCGGAUGCACUGGACGAGGCAGUCAUGUGCUAUCUGGCACAACGCAUGUACGUUGCAUGCUGCGACGCCUGAUACGCAUCUCGUCGAUGAUGGGUUACGCGUCGGUGUGAGAGCCACGGGGAUCGGCGAGGUGCCAUAUCUCGAUCCUGCGUCGAAAGGACGUCGUGAGGCCCUUGGACUACCUUUGUACUAGGAGGAGAGCUGGCAGCGUUUUGGUGAGGUAUGCAUUGGUUUAUGUGAGUACGUGGGCUGUAGUUGGGAUAUGGACUUCUUAUGUUCGCUUAUCAAUGGGGUGUGAUUCAAUUAUUUGACAAGGGAAGCUGUCCGAGGAAGAGUAUGCUAUAUGUAAAGAUGACUGGCGCGGAGAGAAUGGCUUUAAGAGAACUUUUCGAAUACAAGGCGUAUGUAUAUGCGACCAUUUGCUUGAGUUAUGUGCCGGUGUUCAUUCUCAUCGGAAUGCUGUACCUCCCAUCGUGAAGGUCCAAUCUUGAUGUCUGCCUACCUUGAUGCAGGUACCGUACCUACUACAGUAGGAGUAAUAUAU